AUGGCUCUGAUUGAGGUCCUAUCAGAAGAACCAUUGGCUCCAUCCGACGAACGGCUGUUGGAUGCCAAGGAAAUUGAACAAGCUGCUGCCAAACUAGAGAGACCAGGUGCUCGCAUGCAACUGGAAUCCUUGGCCAAGAAGCUCCGCAAGGAGGCUGCUGCCUUGAAGCGAGUGGAACAAAGCCAAAAGACGGCUGGAGCUUCUACAGAACCAGCAACAACACCAACAGAAACAAGCUCUGAACCUGCUGAAUCCACUCCCACUCCCGCACCAGCUCCCACACCAGCUCCCGCACCAGCUCCCGCACCCGUCGUUGCCAAGGUGGAUGCGACUCCUUUGCCCGCACCUUCUGGUGCCUCGUCCGUCAAGUACACCACAGUCGAUCGGUUUUCCUUUGAUCCAGGUGAAUACGAAAGCAAAUUUGUUACAGUCUACGUCCCCUUGCCCGGUGUCGGAAGCAUUCCCAAAGAACAAAUUACCUGCCAGUUCACAAAGGAUUCCUUUGAUUUGAUUGUCCGAGGCCUCGAUGGCAAAUCCUACCGACUCUGUAAGGAUAGUUUGGAAAAGGACAUUGAUGAGAACAAAUCCAAAAAGAUUGUCAAGGCCGACAAGGUCGUUAUCAAGUUGCACAAAAUCAAGGGAGAUUAUGGCUUUGACAUGUGGACCAAAUUGACCGACCCCAAGAAGCACGACAGCAAAAAGCAAAAGACUAAGAGCAGCAAUCCCAUGUCGUCCAUUACCGAUUUGAUGAAGGACAUGUACGAGAGUGGGGAUGACGAGAUGCGCAAGAUGAUUGGAGAAACCAUGUUGAAGCAACGCAAUGGAGAACUGGACAAGAACCCCAUGGGUGGAAUGGAUGGAAUGGAUGAUUUUGGAGAUUUCAAAGGCGACGACGACAUGAUGUCAUAG